ACGAGGAAAACUUUAACUAAAAAGGUCAUUUUCUCGUAUCUAUCCGCCUAUGUCUGUCGAAGUUGAGAGAGAAAGAGAGAGAACAGAGAACAGAAGCUUGUCCGUAUCUACACUUCGCUGACACCAUCUUCAUCUCUCACAGUUUCCCCGUUCCUCAUCCACUUCCAUCCUCCUUCGAAUUCCUCAUUCCUCUUCUCUCUCCGGGAUAAAUAUGAGCACUAGAGAAAUUGUGGAUUUAACUAGUGAUGAUGAAAGUGAAAAGGCUGGUCCCGUAACUGCUAAAUUGGGGACAGAUUUUGUUACUGGUACAAAGCAACAAAUUGAGACUCAUAAAGGCAGACUAGCCAAGCAUAAGCCAUCUCGAGCUACUAGACAGGAUUCUGAAGAAAAUAGAAGCUCUAAUUGUCCAAGUACAGGCAAUAGUAACUCUAGUGUAUUGGAGCAGGGACUGUCACCAAUUGAUGACACAGGCAUUUCGUAUGCUUCAUCCAUUUGUGCAGCACCCCUUUGUAGGCAGUUUUGGAAAGCUGGAAACUAUGAUAUUGGGCCUCGUUCUACAGUCACAGUCCAAAAUGCAAAAAACUAUCUACAUGUACACCCCAUGUUCCUUCACUCAAAUGCAACUUCACAUAAGUGGGCAUUUGGUGCCAUAGCAGAGCUUCUUGAUAAUGCAGUUGAUGAGAUCCAAAAUGGGGCUACCUUUGUCCUUGUAGAUAAAACAUCAAAUCCAAGGGAUGGAAGUCCGGCAUUGUUGAUUCAAGAUGAUGGUGGUGGAAUGGAUCCGGAAGCAAUGCGUCGUUGUAUGAGUUUUGGAUUUUCAGAUAAAAAGUCAAAGCAAGCUAUUGGACAGUAUGGAAAUGGCUUCAAGACCAGUACUAUGAGGCUUGGUGCAGAUGUCAUAGUCUUCAGUCGCCAUCUGAAAAAUGGGAAUUUGACUCAAAGCAUUGGACUUCUGUCAUAUACAUUUUUGACGCAAACACAUCUUGACAGGAUAGUGGUACCCAUGGUGAAUUAUGAAUUUAAUACCUCAACUGAAUCCUUGGAAAUCUUAAAUGGAAAAGAGCAUUUUGUGUCUAAUUUGUCAUUGAUGGUGCGGUGGUCCCCAUAUUCAUCAGAAGCAGAACUUCUAAAACAAUUUAAUGAUAUUGGAUCUCAUGGUACUAAAGUUGUUAUCUACAAUUUAUGGUGCAAUGAUGAUGGCAAUUUGGAACUAGACUUUGACACAGAUCCUGAGGAUAUUCGUUGUUUGGGCGAUAUCAAGAAGAUUAACACAGUUCCUGCCUGGAAGGAACUAAAUGAGCAACACAUUGCUCACCGGUUUCGUUUCUCUUUACGUGUAUACUUGUCAAUAUUGUACUUGCGGAUACCGGAUAUUUUCAUUACAUUACGAGGGAAAGUUGUGAAGCCACAUAACAUUGCUGAUGAUCUUAAAUAUCCUGAAUAUAUAUUAUAUAGACCACAAGUUGGUGGAAAUAUAGAGGCCACAAUUGUAACAACAAUUGGAUUUCUUAAGGAAGCUCCUCAUGUCACUUUCCAUGGUUUCAACGUAUAUCACAAAAAUCGGCUGAUACUGCCAUUUUGGCAGGUUGUAAGCUAUAUAGACAGUAGGGGUAGAGGAGUUGUUGGUGUCCUGCAAGCAGACUUUGUUGAGCCAACUCAUAAUAAACAAGAUUUUGAGAGAACUUCCCUGUUUCAAAAGCUUGAAGCCCGAUUGAAGGAAAUGACAUGGGAAUACUGGGACUACCAUUGUAAACUAAUUGGGUAUCAGGAAAAGAAGAAGCUUCCAACUUCAGUUAACUCACCGCAUUUGUCACUGCAGAAACCGCCUGGUAUAGAAAAACCCGUCAUAUUGAACAAAAGCUCCUCCCCUGUUGUCAAUACAAAUAUAGCAUAUUGGCAUUCCAAACAACAUUCAUUAAACCCGCAAAGCAGAUUUGAGCCAGGAUCUCAUAAUAAGAGGAAGUCACAUGAAAUGAUAGACCUUCAGAAGAUGAAAAAACAUUCAAGGGAAGACAUACCAGGUGUAGGUUUCAGUCAGAAUAAACAGAGCAAUACAACUCCGGCAGACCAGGUGUUCGACGAAGAGACUAUAAACUUGAUGCAAGAAAACAAGAAACUGCGUGCACAAUGUUUGGAAUCUAAAAGGACAGGGGAAGAACUGAAACUCAAGGUGACGAAGCUUAGAAAUGAAAUACAAGGAGCACAACUUGAGUAUAAUCGGCUUUUGGCUGAACUGCAGACAGGGGAGUAGUAUUCUGUAGCUGUAUCUAUUGCAGUCUUGCUUCAAUUCUUCGGUUUGUAGAAGUGAUGUGAUGUGUAUGUAUAGCUUAAUCAAUAUCGCAUCGGAGUGUGCGAGCUUACCAAUUUUGGGGCACAUAAAGGAUCAUAAGGUCCAAGUCCGAGAUCCAGGCCUCUGUAUAUUAGGCGUCCUGUAACUUGAUGUAAGUGAGCAACAGCUCUGAGAUAUCUGCCUUCUGUAGAUGUAAAAUAUACUAGGAAAGCAAACUGUAAGCUGUUAUUCAUUGUUAGUCUCUUUGAUUUUUUGGUUUAAUUGAUUUUUUUUCCAUGUGCUCA